CUUCGUUCGUUCUCUCUCUUUCCCCAUUUCAGCGAUUCUGAGGUCUAUCUCUCUCCCUCUCAGGUGUGAUUUGCUCAAAUCAAAAAGAAGUAAACGAAGAUGCAUCCUCCACUUACACCUCAUAGACAUCCAAUGUGUCUGGAGAUAAUUGAGGAGUUUCAAAAGUGUCAUACUGAUCAUCCGAUUGGAAAGUUCUUCGGUGAUUGUACACAGCUUAAAGUGAAGCUUGAUCGAUGUUUUCGCCAAGAGAAAGCUGUAAAGCGGAAGGUAAAUUUUGAACAAAGCAAGAAACUUCAACAAAGACUGAAAGCUAUAAGGAAAGACGAAACUGCAGAGACUUGAGCAUUGCUUGAUACUAAUACCAUAUAAGUGCUUGUCUAUUUCGAAAGAAUACGUCUCAAAAAAUCGAUCCAUGAAGAGGAGUCUGAUACACUUUAAUAUCUCGUAGAUGAGUGAAUAACAUGGUACUAUACAUGUAUUGUUAGGGCUUAGCGUUUGAAAUAAGGCCAUUAUUAUUGGAGUACAAGACUCUUAUUAGCUUGGUUGCAACAAACAUGUUCUUACACAGUUUAUUUAUGUAUUACAAGUAAGCUACGCAAUUACAUUUCAUUGUGGCUACGAAAUAGUUCUGUAUGUUCAACUUCUAAAGUUCCCCAACAUUUGGGUUUGUUUUAAAACGUA